GAAUGCAUCCUUCUUAACUCAAGAAAAAAGAAAAAAAAAACAAUCUUUAAAAAUUAAUUGAAAUCACAGUGACAAAUAAAAAUUUUCUUUUUACUUGGAAAAAGCGACGAGAAUAUAAUUUUUCUUAAUAAUGGCAAUAUUGCGAACCAACUCGAAACCCCCAUUCGAGUUCUCGUACCGUGUGUUAAAAAUAAACACACGGACAAGCGUGAGGGUGAGACGCGAUAUUUCCCACAAUUAACAUUAUUUUCGUGAUUGAGCUAGUGGAGAUAUAUUAAAAGGAGCGCGGAUUAUAACGCGAGAGGGAUGAGGCGGCGCUGAAAGGUACACGUAUAAUGUUCCUCUUGAAAAGAGGGCUCUUGACUGGUAAGCGCGACGGUUGAAUCGCUCCGGGCAAUUAAGGGGAACCUGGAAUAAUGCCCACUAUAGCGAACUCGUCGCUCACCUACGAGAUUCUCAUGUACCUGAACUCCUUCUACUUCGGUAUGUUCGCCGUGUGCGAAUUGGGCAUGGGACUGUUCAAGGCCGCGAACUUGCCCUCACCGGGCACGAGCAAGACCGUGACGGAGUUUGCGCUACUGCUCUUCCUGAUGGCAACGGAGGGCGGCAGGAUCUACCUGGGAAGGAAGGGAAAUCUGACCGAGCGCGGAAUACCGAUUCUUAUCGGGAUAGUCCUGACUAUUCCUAGCAUAUUAGCGACGCUCUACUUCCUCCUUUGGCAGUCUCGCGUGCUCAGGCUAGAGGUGAUUCUCUGUAGCAUACAGUUAGUUCUAUUGAUAUCCGAAGUGGUCAUCGCUGUUAUGUGCCUUAUAGCCAUUUAUCGACCACCGCCCCCGGAAAAAUGAUAUAGCUUUUUCAUGUUCUACGUCGCACAAUAAUUCUAUUUUGCACUUGUCAUUUCGCUUAACAAUCCAUUCCGAGUGUUAACAGUUUGUCACAGACAAGGCUGAGCUGUCUGUCGUUGCUAUUGUCAGAUAAUAAGACUUUUCAUCCUUAAUAAUUUUAAUUGUUGUAUCUCUACAUCUAAGAAACAAAUCUAUGGUAUCGUAUAGUUUCCCUGAAUCUGGUAUAAAUUUGCAUUUUGCGUAAUACAUUACGCAUGUAUACACUGAAAUGUAGUAUCGGUGUUUCGCAAAUAUCUUUUAUUAAAUAUUAAAAAUAAAGACUGGCUACUAUAGGAAAAGUGCUAAAAAUCUACUUUUAUAUCUUCUGUGACAUAUUUGCUUGCAUAUAAAAUGCAAAGAUUUAAAAUUUUACAAACAAAUUAUACAUUUGAGUAGUGUGCCUUGUACAUACACUAAUCUACAUUCCAUAGACUGAGAAUUAGAACAUAAAUGGAAUCUAAAUUUUGUACACUAUAAUAAUCUUUUAAAAGGAAUUCACACUACACUCAGUAGCCACUUUAUUUCAUUUAAAAGCGAUUGUGUAAGAAUAAAACUGAAAAGAUUGUGUUUUAUGCUAAAAACUUGGAUUUCUACAAUUAAUAUUAACAAUAUAAAUACUGCCAUUUAUAUAUAUUUAAUGUUUAAACAGAUAGAAAUGUAUUUAUAAAUUCUAUGGAAAAAAAAAAGAAGUUUGUGUAAUCUCAGUGCUAUGUCUGCAUUGAAUAUAAUUGUUUGUAGUGGAAGAAAAGCUUGCUGUACACAUAUUUGUUUGUAUAUGUAUUUAUAUCAAAAUAAAUAUUUUUUAAAUAAAUAA